CCUGGCGCUGGAACUGGAAGCCGAGCCGGGCAGGGGGCCGCGGGAAGGCUGAGGCGCUGCCCCGAGUGGCCGCGCGAGCCUUGCGCAGCUUGCCGAGGGUUGGGCUGCGGGAGGCAGGCAGAGGGUUGCCGCCGCCGCCGCCGCCUUUGCUGCUAUGUUUCAUUGCAUCCCGCUGUGGCGGUGCAACCGUCAUGUGGAGAUUAUCGACAAGCGCCACUGCUCGCUGGCCGCCGUGCCCGAGGAAAUCUACCGCUACAGCCGCAGCCUCGAAGAACUCCUGCUCGACGCCAACCAGCUCCGAGAGCUGCCGAAGCCUUUCUUUCAGCUUGUAAAGUUAAGAAAACUCGGGCUUAGUGAUAAUGAAAUUCAGCGGCUUCCUCCAGAGAUAGCAAACUUUAUGCAGCUGGUAGAACUUGAUCUGUCUCGAAAUGAUAUUCCUGAAAUCCCUGAAAGCAUUUCCUUCUGCAAAUCAUUACAGGUAGCAGACUUCAGUGGGAACCCGCUCACUAGGUUGCCUGAAAGCUUUCCUGAGCUGCAGAAUCUAACAUGCCUUUCUGUAAAUGAUAUCUCUCUACAAGCAUUACCUGAUAACAUUGGAAACCUUUAUAACCUGGCAUCACUGGAAUUAAGAGAGAAUCUGUUGACAUAUUUACCUGAGUCAGUUGCCCAGCUGCAGAGACUAGAAGAGCUAGACCUAGGGAACAAUGAACUUUAUAAUUUGCCAGAAACUUUAGGUGCACUUUAUAAUCUUAAAGAUCUGUGGCUAGAUGGGAACCAGCUGGCUGAAUUACCUCAGGAAAUAGGAAGCCUGAAAAACCUGCUAUGCCUGGACAUCUCCGAAAACAAACUGGAAAAACUGCCUGAAGAGAUAAGCGGUCUGCUGUCUUUAACUGACCUACUCAUCUCUCAGAACCUUCUUGAGGUGCUACCGGAUGGCGUAGGUAAAUUAAAAAACCUAUCCAUCUUGAAGGUUGACCAGAACCGGCUUGUUCAGUUAACAGAAGCAGUAGGAGACUGUGAAAGCCUUACUGAGUUAGUUCUCACAGAAAACCAGCUGCUGACUUUGCCGAAGAGCAUUGGGCGGCUAAAGAAGCUGAAUAUACUGAACGUUGACAGAAACAAACUAGUGUCUUUACCCAAAGAGAUUGGUGGGUGUUGCAGUCUAAAUGUUUUUUCAGUACGUGACAACCGGUUAUCUAGGAUUCCUCCUGAGAUAUCACAAGCCACAGAACUUCAUGUCCUAGAUGUAGCUGGAAAUAGGUUGCUACAUCUUCCCAUGUCGCUCACUAGUUUGAAGCUGAAGGCGUUGUGGUUGUCCGAUAACCAGUCCCAGCCUUUACUUACGUUCCAGACGGACACAGACCCUGAAGUAGGGGAGAAGAUUUUAACAUGUGUUUUACUUCCUCAAAUGCCUUCUGAGCCCGGUUGCCAAGAUAACCUGCCCCGAUGUGGGGCACUGGAGAGCUUGGUAAAUGAAAUGUCAGAUGAGACAUGGAAUGAACGAGCAGUAAAUAGAGUCAGUGCAAUCCGCUUUUUAGAAGACGAAAAAGAUGAAGAGGAUAAUGAAAUGAGGACACUUCUAAGGCGAGCCACUCCACACCCUGGGGAGUUAAAGAAUAUGAAAGUGAAAGUGGAGAAUUUACGGAAUGAUAUGAACGCUGCUAAAGGACUGGAUUCAAACAAAAAUGAGGUCAAUAAUGCCAAUGACAGAGUGACCACUUCUGUGUAGAGGCUCGCCUCCCAGAUGUUUGCCUCCUGUGUCUUCCCACCUGCUGUCGAACCGUUUCUGUUGCAUCCUGGGAAUACCAUUCAAUCAACCCUCAUGUGUUUUAACCAGAAAUCCGACUCAUCUUGUCCUUGUGUCAUUCCUUUGGAAGGUGCUUCUCACUGGAAGAAAAGUGCCUUAUUUCAGUCCAGGCACCUGAGCACAGGGGGUGCAGCGCACUGAAAACUGCCCCCCCCUGCCGUUCUUUGCAUGAACAACUCCUGCUUGUUUGCCAGCGAAUUGUUCCCAUCAAUUCCAGUGUUGUUGUUUUUGUUUU